AUUAAAUAUAAGGCCUGACUAAUACCGCGUAGCCAACGAAAGAGUGUUUAUUUCUUGACCAAAGAUUUAAAUAAAGAAUAACAAUGCUCUUCUACUCCUUUUUCAAGUCGCUGGUGGGCAAAGAAGUCGUCGUGGAACUAAAAAACGACCUGAGUAUCUGUGGGACACUGCACUCGGUGGACCAAUACCUCAACAUCAAGCUGACGGACAUCAGCGUGACGGAUCCAGAGAAGUACCCGCACAUGUUGAGCGUGAAGAACUGCUUCAUCCGGGGUUCCGUGGUCCGGUACGUGCAGCUGCCUGGUGACGAGGUAGACACCCAGCUGCUGCAAGAUGCGGCGCGCAAGGAGGCGGUAGUGAGCACAAGAUAGGAACUGCCGGCUGUCCCGACAACCCCACCAACCUUUUAGCUCUGUCGCUAUAGUGGACUUUGGGUCGUUCCCAGUCCAUCCAGAGCGAGAUUAAUCUAAGUGAAUUUCUUUUCCAGCAAACAAAAAUAUUAAGUGGAAUCCUCGUGAAAAAAUUGUUGAUUUCUUGGCACCCCUUUCAAUUUAUUGUAAAGAUAAGAACGUAAGAAAUACACUCCGAGUCAAUAGGAAGAGGAAUCAACCUCCAUUAAAACUCAAGAAAUUUUGUAAUAUUUAAGGUGAAACUUUUGUGUACGUUGAAAAAAUGUCUUUAAACUGUA